AUGUCGAAAAAGAAAUCGCGCGUGUGGACAUUCUUUGAUGAUAUUGAAGGUGAAUCGUCUAAAGUGAAAUGUAACCAGUGCCAGGGAAUUAUUUCACGCGGCGGUCAAGGCAGAAAAGCAAACACGACAAGUAUGACGAAUCACAUAAAAUAUAAGCACAGUGAGUUGAUGCCUCAAUUGGCGAGUUCUAUUAAAAGUAGUUCAAAUGAACCCCAUUCAUCUGUUGCUUCUGUAUCCCAACUUGAGCCCUUACCACCAUCGCCAAAUCCAUCUACUUCAUCGGGAAGCGAAAUAGCAAAACAACAAAGUAUACGAGAAAGUUUAACGGUCCAGUGGUCACUUCAGGACUCCCGAUCAAGAGAAAUAAGUGUUGCAAUAGGAGAAAUGAUUGCGUUAGAUAACCAACCUCUGUCUUUAGUUGAAAACACUGGUUUUAUCAAUCUUAUGAAGAAGCUCAAACCAAAAUACGUUUUACCGAGGGAGUGGAAGUUACUUGAAAAAUGCCUUACAUUACUCAAACCGUUCGAAGAGGUGACAAAGAUAAUUAGUUCCAGUUGCUCAUCAAUAUCAGAAGUUAUUCCUCACCUUAAAACACUGCAAAAAUAUCUGGAGAACUACGUAGACGAUGACCAAGACGAGCAAUUAAUAGAAAUGAAGACUGUAUUGGAAAACGGCUUAAAAACUAGGUUUCAAAACUUGGAACUGAACAAAUUAUUUUCACUUGCAACUUUGCUUGAUCCAAGGUACAAAUUACAAUUUUUUAAUACUGAACAUCUGGUAACAGUAAGAUCACAGUUUUUGAUGGAAGCGUUAAAGAACAGUUUGGGUGACGAUGAUGACAGCGAUUUAAGUAACGACGAGAGAAAUACCGAUAACACUGGCAGCUCCGAAAUGACAGUUCAUCGCAACUUUUGGGGGGUUUACCAAGAAAUGGUAACGCGAAAAGUGCACAAUAUUGACGACGAGAAAUCUAGUUCAGCUCACGAACUUCACUCUUACUGCGCAUUGCCUGUCAUGAAACGCAAUGAAGACCCAUUUACGUGGUGGCACCAGAACAGUUCGAGAUAUCCUGAAAUGUCUCGUAUCGCCAAAAUAUACCUUUGUUGUCCCGCCAGCACUGUUUACAGCGAACGUCUUUUCUCGGAAGCUGGCAACAUCUACGAGACGAAAAGAAAUCGUCUACUCCCUGAUCGAGCCGAAACAUUAACAUUCCUGCACCACAACUUGCCUUUAAUUAAAAAUAAAAAUAUUUAA